AAAUUACUUUCUCGGGUUCCGAUAGAGAGAAGAAAGCCUGCAAUUGAAGCACGCAAUCGGGUUCUGCGUCCCAUCGCCGUCUUCUAUCAGCCUCCACUCUUCCUGUAUUGCCUCUGCCUCUGCAAAACAAGUACUGAAGCACUCAUGGGUCUCUCCAAGGAACAGUUGCUUGCCCGCUUAAAGGAGCUACAAGUCGAUUUUUCCCACCAUGAACAUCCUGUUGUUCUGACAGUUGAAGCUCAGGCCAAAUAUGUUGGACAUCUGGGAGGUGGACUAAGUAAAAAUUUAUUCCUGAAGGACAAGAAAAGUAGGUUCUACAUUGUUUCCGCUUUGGCAGAUACUAAAGUAGAUCUGAAAGUUCUGUCUGUGAGGCUUGGUUUGGGAAAAGGUGGCUUGAGAAUGGCUCCUGAAGAAGCACUUGGAGAAAUACUUCAGGUGCCUCUGGGAUGUGUUACUCCAUUUUCUCUGGUGAAUGAAUCUGCACGCCAUGUCUCUCUGUUGUUGGAUCAAAAAUUUAAAAGUCAGGAGUGGUGCUUCUUCCACCCUUUGUCAAAUGACAUGUCGAUCUCACUUAGUACCCAUGAUCUUGACAAGUUUCUAAAAUCAAUUGGGAGAGACCCCUCAUAUGUUGACUUGGAGGCUAACCCAUCAGUUGGAAAGGAUCAACCACCUGAUCUUGCAUGCUUUGUUCCAUCUGAUUCCACGGUGUUGCCAGACCCUCCACAAUCAGCAGCUUCCUCUAAAGGUCAUGCAGAAAUUCAAAUUUCUGUCUCUAACAAAUCGACAGCAAGUACAGUCUCUUCUAAGCCAUCCAGUAGUGCAAAAAGUGCUAAGGACAAACAGGUCAAUGGUGUGAAUGUGUCGAAGACCGUAGCAGAUGUUGGAAGUUUGGUUGAAGAUUUACUCGAUAGAACAUCUUCUCUAUUGCUUUCAGAGAUCACUGAGGAGACCAUUAAGAAACAUGAAGGACAAUUGGGAACUAAGGUAUCAGAUAGUAUCAGAAGCCGACUUCGAGAAGAUUUCGAGAGAACACUUAUGAUAUUUAAAUCCACCGCAUAUACCGAAGGGUUUUCUGCUGGCAAGCACCAUCAUCCACACCGUACAUAUUGACGAGUGUGUGAGUUCAUUCUCCCCUUCUCCGUCGCAAGAGAGUGCAGAAUCAAGUUCCAACUUUGUAUCAAUUUUAUGCUCUGCUAUAUUUUGAACACUUAUCUGCAUUUGAUAGAACAGGUACGUGGCCAUUUAAACAUUAUGAGAUGCUUCCUUUCUAAAAUUAAUGUUUUCGUUUAUGCUUCUUUUCGUGUUUACGAUUAAUGAAUGCUGGCAACAAAAUCUGGCUAGUGCAUUUGACUUA